GUCACACGUCUUUCAAGUGACGUCAAAGUGUCUGCAGGUGCUGGAAGAGGCGCAGUAUUGGCGUAAGUGACGCUUAAAACGGCUUUUACGAUGGCUUCAGCUACAGAUAACCGUUAUGGACAAAAGGAGUCUUCCGACCAGAACUUUGAUUACAUGUUCAAAAUCCUGAUCAUCGGAAACAGCAGUGUUGGAAAGACCAGCUUUCUGUUUCGUUAUGCAGAUGACUCCUUCACACCAGCAUUUGUCAGCACGGUGGGCAUCGACUUCAAGGUGAAGACCAUCUACAGGAAUGACAAGAGGAUAAAGCUGCAGAUCUGGGACACUGCGGGACAGGAGCGCUACAGAACCAUCACCACCGCCUACUACCGCGGAGCCAUGGGCUUCAUCCUCAUGUAUGACAUCACCAACGAGGAGUCUUUUGCCGCUGUGCAGGACUGGUCCACCCAGAUUAAGACGUACUCAUGGGAUAACGCUCAGGUGCUGCUAGUGGGCAACAAGUGUGACAUGGAGGAUGAGAGGGUCGUGGCCUCUGAGAGGGGACGACAGCUCUCCGAGCAUCUCGGUUUUGAGUUUUUUGAGGCCAGUGCCAAGGACAACAUUAACAUUAAACAAACCUUCGAGCGGCUGGUGGACAUAAUCUGCGAGAAGAUGUCAGAGAGCCUGGAUGCCGCUGAUCCUGCAGUGACGGGAGCCAAACAGGGGCCGCAGCUCACCGAGCAGCCCACCGCUCCGCACCAGGACUGCGCCUGCUGAAAACCCCCCGGCUCUCUCUGCACUGCCUUGCACCAACACACAAAAACAACAAGUUUAGAUAUUUAAAAAGAACAAGAAACAUAAAACCCUCAAUUCCCAUACUGCCUCCUCUGGUCACACCCUCUAGCUCCGCCCCCUCCUCACUGAAAACUCAUUUUGACAUCUCAAACUUUGAAAUGAUUUUAUUCAACGUGCAAUCCAUUCGAUUUUAAAAGGAAAGCCUUAAUGCCCUUUAAAGGGAUAGCUCACCCAAAAAUUUGAAUUCUGUCAUGGUUUACGCUUCCUCAAGUUGUUCCAAACAAAAAUAUAUUAUGAAGAAUGUUUAACCAAACAGAUGUUGGUCUUCUUUAACUCCCUUAGUAUUAAAAAAAAUACUAUAAAAAGUAAAUGGGAACAUUUUAGUUUAAACACAUUCUUCAAAAUAUAUUUUAUGUUCAGCAGAAGAAAUUCAUACAGUUAUGAACAGUUAACAACAGUUAACUGUUAACAACUUGACGGAGAGUAAACAAUGACAGAAUACACAUAUUUGGGUGAACUAUCCCUUUAAGGGUUUGAUUAGGACUAUAAGUACGAUUAAGCCCGCAUUAUGUUUUAAUGACUUUAUAAUUAGGCCUAUAUUUAAAUGUUAGGAGUGUGUGAUUAGACGUAGGUUUGGCAUAGCACACAGAGUCAGUUAUCUUUGUUUUCGAUGCCUUCAUAUCACUUCAUAUUUUAAAUUUUUUUCUUCUUCUACACUUCCAUAUCCUUAAAUUAUUUAUGAACAAAUAGAAAAAGAGAACUGGAGAGCGAUAUCUAUAUAUUUAUUCCAAAAAGUGUACAUAAAUACAGUCCAGUAUUUAAAUGAUACAGUUAGAAAUACAUAUCUAAUAUGUUUUGUUAGUUUUUUUUUUUUAAUUACCAAUUUUGACAAAUAUAUAGAGAGUUAGAGAAGUCAAUUAAUACUGUUUUCAUGGUAAUUCUUUGCAGUGCUCGUCUCAAACCUUUCUUGCUUAUUUGUUUCUGUGUCAUUGUAUCUUGUUCACUGCCUUGCCUCAUGUAACUUCAGUCCCGGGACUGAAAGCCAGAUAUCAUACACAAACAUUCCUUAAUGUAAAUUUGCAUGGAAGGAAAUAAAGCCAUUUAGGCAAAUAGUGGUAGGAUUCCUUUCUCAGUGCUUCGUUAGGUCUAGUCAAGUGUAUUCCUAGUCAAAAUCUGAGUUUGAUUUGCAGCCAUGCUGUUGCUUAUUUCACUAUAGCAGCAGAGCCAUAAGCUCGACCUAUCAACAAUAUAUACGCUCUCAGAAUUUAGCAAAAGUUGCUGAGAUUUGACUGGCAUUUUCGAUAAUUACUUUCUAGACUGGCGUGUCCUGUAAAAGUAUUUACUUGGCUCUGUAAUUCCAGGCCUGCAAAUAUAAUGCAGAAAUCUGUUUGCAAAAAAUAAAAUAAAUAAAAAUAAAAACCCAGAUGAGUAUUAACGUUUACAUCUGCAAGAUCCUCCCUGAUAAUUCCUGCCUCUUUCCUUUGCUAUGCUGUCUUCCUUUAGAGAAAAUACAUUUACUGUAAAUACAUUUGACUCUUUGGUUUUCUGUGUGGACUGUUGUAUUGAUUAUGGGCUUUAAAAAAAAAUCUAGGUGAUAUUAAGAAAAAAGCUACAAAAGAGGAUAUAAAGGACGUUCUUUACAUGCUGUUGUGUAUGCCUGCUUGUGAAUGAAUGUCACUUUAUUACAGAGCAAUAUUGAAGAAAAUACCUUUUCAUGUGUUGCAGAAUAUUUACCAUAUUGUUGAAAUAAACAGAACGUGUUUGUAGGAUGUAAUGGGAAUGUGAAUGUUGGAUUAAGUGGAUUAAAUCCUAGUAAUGUUGUAAACCAAAGCAGGCAGAUAGACUGACUGUCACAUCUACUGUGGAGCAAGUUCGCAGAAAUUAAAUCGCCUGACUGUAUUUGUGGCAGAUGCUGUUCAUUAUUUAAAAACUGCUUAUGUUGAAAUCAAAAUGUUCAGUUCAAUGUAGGUGUCAGCAGAGCCUUUGCUACAUUCUCUAGGCCUGAGACGAGUUGUUUGUAGGUGGGUCCCCUCUCUUUUAGGCCUAAUGAGCAGUUGAUACAGACAAGAGGACCUUAGUGAGCCCCUCUCAUGACCAUGGAUGCCAGAAAAGGGAAGAGAAUGAGUCUGGAUCUUUAUUAACAUCACAGCUCAUCAUGUAAGGUAGCCGCUCCACGUUCAGAUCAGUUUAUCAUGACUAAGAGUUUGUUCUCCAUGUCCUACAUUUUUAUCUAGAAUUGUUUUUAUUCAUGCUUUCCAUUGAGAAUCUUUGUUUUGUUUUGUAUUAUUAUUAUUUUUUCCUCUGAUAAUCAAAUAUAAUAUACAAGGAAAAACACUAAUAUGCAGUUGUAAAUGUACUGUACUUACAAUAAGGGGUUUGGUGUCAAAAGUGUCCAGUGGUGAAAUUUACCAAAUCAACUGUCCAUGUUGUGAAAAUGACUGACCUUAUAAAAAAUAAAAAAAAUUGUGCCGUUUACUUGAGACU